ACGUCUCAUAUUUUCCUCUAAAUGAGCAUCCACAUCCAAACAUCAAUAUCAUGCGUAUUCAGUCCCCGGCUUAUCAUAGUGGCUCAACGGGUUCAUACAAGAAAGGAUUCUCGGUGUCUGCCGCUUUUGUGAUCGAUGAUAUUUACUAUGGCAAUAUCACCGAAUGCGCCGGAGCGGCUUCAGCAAUGAGACUGAAAUUCAGACUAAACCAGGCCUGAAACACACUCCAUCAUCAAGGAGGCCUGUUCACGUCCACAGCGUCAACCCUGUGAGACACAUCCAGCAUCCUCCCACUUCCUACCUUUCUGUUUGACAUUUCUUGGCUAGGGCUCCUCAACGUUGGCCUUGGUUCCUCAGCCAUGUCAAGCCCUAGCAGUAGUCCAGAAAGAGAGGGAGGGGUGGUAGGUUCUGUUCAACUGGAGGACCUCUCAUCACCUCCGGGGUUGGAAACUGACCCAACUUUUGUUGGCAGUCCAGUGCUCAGUCCAGACUCCAGUUCCCAUGAUGCAGUGCUGUCAGCCACGGCAGCUUCCCCAGCUGACUCAGAAAACCUUAGUCCAGAUGAGCUCGAGCUUCUGGCUAAACUGGAGGAACAGAACAGGUUGUUAGAGGCAGAUUCUAAGUCAAUGCGUUCAAUGAGUGGAUCUCGGAGAAAUAGUGGCUCCUCUUUGGUGUCAAGCUCAUCUGCAUCCUCUAACCUGUCCCAUCUGGAAGAGGACACCUGGAUCCUGUGGGGACGCAUCGUCAACGAGUGGGACGAGUGGAGACGAAAAAAGGACAAACUUUUAAAGGAGCUAAUAAGGAAAGGCAUUCCUCAUCAUUUCAGAGCAAUCGUUUGGCAACUGUUAUGUAAUGCCACUGAUAUGCCAGUGAAGAAUCAGUAUUCUGAACUCUUAAAGAUGUCAUCUCCCUGUGAGAAACUCAUACGCAGAGACAUUGCCCGUACGUAUCCCGAACACGACUUCUUUAAAGGCCAGGACAGCCUGGGGCAGGAAGUGCUGUUUAACGUCAUGAAGGCAUAUUCUCUGGUUGAUCGUGAAGUUGGAUAUUGUCAGGGCAGUGCCUUCAUCGUAGGAUUACUACUGAUGCAGAUGCCGGAGGAGGAGGCCUUCUGUGUGUUUGUUAGACUAAUGCAGGAGUACAGGCUUAGAGAGUUGUUUAAACCCAGUAUGGCUGAACUGGGUCUGUGCAUUUACCAAUUUGAACACUUGCUACAGGAGCAGUUGCCCGAAUUGAACAUUCAUUUCCGUUCUCAGAGUUUCCACACUUCUAUGUACGCCUCCUCCUGGUUUCUCACGCUCUUCCUCACUUUCCUGCCCCUGCCAAUAGCUACACGUAUAUUUGACAUCUUUAUGUAUGAGGGUUUAGAGAUUAUAUUCCGAGUCGGGAUGGCGAUACUGCAGUACAACCAGACAGACCUCAUACAGCUAGACAUGGAGGGAAUGUCACAGCACUUUCAGAAGGUGAUUCCCCAUCAGUUCGACAGCUGCACGGAUAAACUCAUCCUACGGGCCUAUCAGGUCAGAUACAAUCCCAAGAGAAUGAAAAAACUAGAAAAAGAAUAUACCACCAUCAAGAACAAAGAGAUGGAGGAACAGAUUGAGAUUAAGCGACUACGUACAGAAAACAGACUACUGAAACAGAGGAUUGAAACCCUGGAGAAAGAGAGCGCUGCAUUAGCAGACAGGUUGAUUCAGGGUCAGGUGACACGAGCUCAGGAGGCAGAGGAGAACUACGUUAUUAAGCGUGAACUUGCAGUUAUUCGGCAACAGUGUCAUAAUGCCAGUGAGAGUCUUGGGAAGGCACAGGACACCAUACGAGAACUUCAGCAACACAAGUAUACAGAGGAGUUUGUGAAUGGGCUGCAGACUCAGUUGGAACAGUCUCGUCUACAGGAGGCCGAACUAUUGAGUGCACUAAAACAAAUGCAGGACAAAGUGCUUGAUCUGGAGAAGAUGAGCAGCUUUCUGCCAGAUGAAAUUAAUGUAGCUCAACUUCAGGAGGAGUUAAAGCUGGUGAAACUGAGAGAGCAGGAGACACUACGUUCCUUCAGAGAGAUGCAACAGGCUGUUACUGACCUUAACCACUGCUGGCAGCAUCAUACAUCUUGUGGAGGAGGAGGCCAUUGGAAAGAGUCUCCUAAAAAGAAUGCAUUGAAUGAGCUGCAGGAUAAACUGAUGAGUUUGAGACUGCGAGAGGCUCAAACUCAGGCUGAACUCAAAGAGGUCAAACUUAAGAACCUGCAGCUGGACAGCCAGAACCAGAUCAAUUGUAAGCUAGUUAGUCGGAGUGAGCAGGAGAGCGCUGCGCUGCAAGAGAGGCUCCAAAAUGCUCUUUCUCACAACAAAACACUACAGAGCCAACUCAGUGAAAUGAAGAGAAAGCAGACCGAGUCUGACUGCAAGAGCAAAGAAGAGGUGAUGGCAGUGCGUCUAAGAGAAGCUGACAGCAUGGCAGCCAUGGCUGAACUCCGCCAGAAGAUAGCCGAUCUAGAAAUACAGAAAGAGGAAGGGCUGAUCCAAGGCCAGUUGAAUCACUCAGACUCCAGGCAGUAUAUAACUCAACUGAGACAGCAGAUCGCUGAACUCAAGAAUGAGAUCAGGCAGCUACGUGGACAGUCCUCCAAUUUCCAGAACACUGGUGGAGGGGUUUACCAUGACCUGUGUUUGGCUAGCCCAGCAUCUGCUGAAGGUGAUUACCUCAGUUCAGAUGAGGACCCUCUUCAGAGCCACCUGCCUGUGAAUGCCCUGUAUCCACACCACUCGUCACCUUGCCUGGACAGCCAAGGCAGCACAGACAGCGAUGAUCCAGCUGAUCUCCAGUAUGGCCCUCCUCCCUCUCCAAUGCCCUGGUUACCUGUCAACUCUAGAGACAUGGCAGACAUGCAUGGGCUCAAUGGCAGAGGCAUGGACUGUUCUAUCAUGAGUCCUCUGAGGGACUUGGCCACACAACGCUGCAUCUCAUGUGGCAAGAUCUUUUCCUCUCUUGCACGCCUGAAGUCUCACAUGUACAGAUCUCACAGUAGUCAUCGUGGAUGCUCUCUGGCAUUCUGUGACAACACAGACCCAGUGAUGCCAUGCAGGGUGAAGGAACGUACAUUUCAGUGUAAGGAAUGUGGGAAGGUCUUCAAACGUUCAUCCACUCUCUCCACUCACCUCCUGAUCCACUCGGACAUAAGGCCAUAUCCCUGCCAGUACUGUGGCAAAAGAUUCCACCAGAAAUCAGACAUGAAGAAACACACCUUUAUUCACACAGGAGAAAAGCCACAUGUGUGUAAAGUGUGUGGUAAAGCCUUCAGCCAGAGUUCCAAUCUGAUCACACACAGUAGAAAACACUACAGACCCUUCAGCUGAACACACACACACUCACCCAGAAACAGCUGGACCUGCAUUAACAGCAGCAGAAUAGCUGCCAGAGCAAAACCUUUGUAUGUGAAUGUACUUUAUGAAUGUAAUUAGCUUUACAAAACACAAAAGUAUUAUAAUUAUCAAGUGUAUAUUUAUGUAUUUUAUUCAAUAUUGUUCAAACCAAAUAAUCAUUACAGUCCUUAAACAUGGUAUGAAAAGUAACAUGGAACAUGACCGGAAAUACACAAACAAGCAAUAAAUAAAAACAAAAAUGAAUCCAAGAAGACUAUAAAUAUAAUGCAGAGUGAAAUAAUGUUGAGUCAUCAACACAAAGAGCUGCAGAAAUGAGUCAGCUGAUGGACUGCAGGUUCAUGGGAUUCACUGACUACUUGUAAUGAUAUCACAUUACAUUUUACAAUACUUGUAGAUUAGAUUAGUUACUUUUGUAUGGAUUACAUGAUUACAUAUCAGGAAAAGGCAGUGAAUUGUUCAUAAUUUAUUGAUUCCCCUUAUUCUUCUUUUUAUAUUUUUCAUUAUAAAUUAGCGUGUUUUAAAGAGACACAGGGCAAAAACUGUUUUUUGCAAUGUAAAGUUUUUGUUUCGCAAAUUGCUUUUGUAUUCGGCUUAGAAAAACAAUACAUGAAUGUUACCUCAUGGAUUGCAUUUGUUUAAUUCUAGAAACUCUCCGAUUAGAAA